UGGAGAGCCGAACACUGCAGGCCAGCUGGACAUAGGUGAUGGUGGUGGUUAUGGUGCUUCGAUUAUUGUUCUAUUGCUGCUGUGUACGUGCAGCACGUGGCUAUUCAUCAGAUGGCAAAACGUGCCUUCCAGAUGCCGUUCCAGAAGAUGAGAGGCGCAACAUCACUUACAACGGCGUCUCCAUGCCGAUCGGAAUUGCUGUCGGCGACUGGACCUCCAGCCGUUUAGUGUCAGAGAUUUAUGCCAUUCUGGUGUCCGAUGUGCUUGGCUACCACUGGGUGCAGAAGCAUACCGGUAAUGGCCUUGCAUCGCUGCACUGGGUCUUGGGGUGCCCCCACGUGCCUGCGGCCAACUUCAGUGAAUGCUCGUUGACGACGCGCCAUCAUGCGGCAUUCGAGAUCUGGGGGCAUCAGUCGAAACUGCCCAAAUUCUUACAGCUUUUGGCUGAGAUGGGCGAAGAACACGCUGCAAGAUUUCUGGGCUCUGCAGGCUAUUGGGGUCGUGAGGGCCUUUUUGUGAUGGAGCAAGCGAGAGAGAAAUGCCAAGCUGGCAGCGGAUUGCAUUUGAACUACUACGGGAACUACAAUGCCACAUGGUUUGCACCUGAGAACUGCAGCGCCACGGUGGGCGACGUGAACUUCAGUUUGCUAAGCACUUGUGCAGAUUCUGUUAACAUCGGCUUUCCCGAUUCCGGGCAACAAUAUCUUGAUGCGACUGGAGAUGCUGAUGGUGUGGAACUUGUGGGCGGCAUCCCUAUGCUCAAAUGCUGGCAAGGGAAAUGGUGGAUAGCACCCGCGUGCCGAAGCAAUCCUUACAGGUGUGUGGCUUCAGUCACUGGAGGAAAUGGAUGGGGGACCUACUUUAUGUCGCAGCAGGCUGCUUUUCACAAUAUGCCCAUUGCAUUGGCCACAGCUUCAAGUUGGGACAACUAUGUGGACAUAAACAGCGAGUUGAAGUCUCACAUGUACUGGUAUACUCCAGAUGCCUCGUUCGCACUGUUGAAACCCAUGCUGGUGGAAUUCCCCUCCUACUCCGCUGCGGAGUACCGAGCUGCCAUCUACCGGACCAUGCCGGAGAGAGUCAGGCUUGAGAAGUGGGCUGCUGCAGGCUUUGAAGCAGCGGAUGAUAGAGCCUUUGGUUUGGCCAGAAACCUUCAGAUCUCCGACAGCGAUAUGAGCAAGUUGGUGGUGCUCCACCUUGAAUUGGCCAGUGGCGAAGACUUCACCAACACGUAUUUGAGUGCCUGCACCUGGCUUAAGGCCAACCCAGACGUUUGGGCCGAGUGGGUGCCAGAUCAGACGGUGUGCCCAGUCGGGAAGGGCAUCGUGAAUUUGCAUGGCGAAUUCGUCACGGAUAGGUCGACAGCCGUAGAUUGCACGACCUGCUCUGCAGGACGUGCGUCAGUGAAGGCCGGAGCAACACGUGUGUGCGCUUUAUGUGAACCUGGAUUCUUCCAGAACAUUUUGGGCUCUCCAGAAUGCAGCGUAUGCGAGCCUGGCAGCAUCUCCUCAAUCUUUGGUGCUCAUGGGUGCGAGUUGUGUAGCCUUGGGGAAUAUGUCAACUCCUCUGGCAAAACUGCUUGCACCCGAUGCGGUUCUGGGACAGGCCAAGAAGAGAUGUGGACCACAAGUCGUGAUGUGAUCUUGAACAAUGAGACGCAGGUGAUCCAGGUGCUGGGAGCAGACUCCGAAUCCUUUUGCGCGUGUCAAACGGGCAGUUUGUUGUGGAAUGGCCGAUGUAAGCUCUGCAUGGAAGGACUCACAUGCCCGGGCUCAAAUCGCUUUGCUAUUUUGCCUGGCUACUUCUCGGCCUCUGCCGCACCAGGCGAAGUCUUCAAGUGUCGUGACCGGCAAGUGUGCCCGGGUGGUAUGCCUGGCACAUGCGCAGACGGCCGCGAUGUAUCGAGCGCCUGUGUCAAGUGUCAGGAGGGAUUUGCCGACACAGAGACUGGAGCUUGCAGACUUUGUGAUGGAAUGGACUAUUCUGUCCUGUCCAUCAUCUUCUUGGGAGUGGUCAUGGGGGUCACUAUACUGCACUUCGCUCUCAUGCAGGACGACCGGAAACAACCCAGGUCGCUCAUGGUGGUGCUGUUGGGCUUUAUUCAGUUUGUGACGAUGGUCCAAAUGAUGGCGGUCUUGCGGCGCUUCGAGAUCAGCUGGCGCGAGCCCUUUGCCAGCGUGCUCCGCUUGAUCGAGGUGCUGAGCAUUGAUAUAGAUAUGAUCAACACAGACUGCUUGGGCCAGCCAAGUCCCGUCGUCAGCUUCCUCAUCCGAUGCUUAUUUAUCCCUAUGUUGAUGCUGGUGGCGCUGCUGGUGCACCUUUGCUAUUUGAUCAUCUCGCGGUCCAAGACCUUCAAGCUGGCCUAUUUGACGAGAACGAUGGGGAGCAUUAUGAUUGUCUUCUUCAUUAUCCUAUUCUCCAUGCUCUUGUCUCCUUUCCAGUGUGAAGAGCAUCCUAAUGGCUUAUGGACUGUCCGUCGAUACGGCAAUGUUUUUUGUGGUGGCCAAGGGGAACAACUGCAGAUGUCUUUGAUUGGAAUCUUGGCGUGUCUCAUGCCGCUGGCCUUCAUCUCGAUCUGCCUUUGGCUGGUGCUUGUGGAACUCCCUCGGCGUCUGGCCAGGUCAGAUGCGGCGUUCCUGAACUCUUGUUCCUUCCUGUUCAAGCGCUUCGCUCCUGGCGCCGAAGUUUUCUCAGUUGUCUUCCUUUUAAGGAAUUCCCUGCUGACCAUGUGUCCACUGAUCACCACCAAGUCCGGCCGCCUGGUUUCGAUGAGCAUCAUCCUCUAUGCCAGCAUUGCUAUGGUGGCCUUCUACAAACCAUGGCGCUUCAUGAUCAACAACGUUCUGGAUAUGAUUCUCAUGGUGGCGAUGCUGGUCAUCCUGGACAUGGGUGCAACGGCGAUCAGUGAAGAGGACCCGCAAACCACUGUGGUGGUCGUGAUGUUCUUCGUGCUCCUCAUGCUGGCGGCCGUCCUGUUCACCUUGCUGAGCGGCCUGUACCGAUUUGUGCGGCAGUUGCACCACAAGCACUUCCGUUUCUUCCUGUGUCACCAGAAGAAUGCGGCCGGCUCCAUGGCCCGCUUGCUCAAGAUGAAGCUGGAACAGUCUUUGCCAGGAACCAAGACCUUCAUUGAUUGCGAUGACCUCAACGAUUUGACCCGGCUCUUUAGCUAUGUGGGUCAGGACACAGAGACGUUCCUCAUCAUGGCCACUCCAGCAGUUUUGACUCGGAAGUGGUGUGUUGGUGAGAUGGUCACGGCCUGGCGGCACAACGUGAACACACUCAUCUUGGCGUGGCCGGACUUUGUGAAGCCUAACGACGAGUACAUCGAGAAGUAUGCCAACGUUGUGCCCGACAUUCAGGAGCUCACCAAGUUCGGCAUCAGUUUAAAGGAUGUGUUGGACACCUUCAGGUGGCUGAACAAAGUGGACACCACAGCUUUUCCAAAGCAUCUCACCUACGACAGUGUGAGCGUGAUGGUUUCCUCCUUGGCGAAGCUCUCGGUUUGGACCUAUACCUCCCAGGCCGCGGUGGAGACAGACUGCCCCAUCCUGGUGGACCCUGAGAACAGCGAAGCAAUGGCGUGCGCUAUGGUGCUGUCUACAAUGUUGAAAGCCCGUUUGUUGGGGACUCACGUGCAGACUCCUCACAUCCUUUCUCCAGGAAGCCAUGUGUCCAAGGGAACUGAGACUGCACUCCUUAUAUGCAGUGAGAACUGCUUCAAGUCCGAGCACAUUCAAUCCUGGCUCAUUCAAGCUUGCAAGAUUCCCAAGUGCUGCAUGGUGCCAAUCAUUGCAGAGGAUGCUUUCAUGAUCCCAUCGGCCUGUUUCUUCGACGAUCUCAACUCGAAGGUCCUGAACAAGGACGAGGUAAAGCUUUACGGCAUUGCCAUCCGAGCUCUUUUCCAAGAGAUCGCGGUCGUCUUCGUGCCUCAGAACUACAGUUCCACUCUUGAUGACUUGGAACUCAGAGCCAAGCAAACCGCACUUCGCCUUUCUGCCAAGAUGGCACCGUUGGCGGAUAAAGCGAGGAUCCUCGCGCAGACCAUGAUGACGGUCCCACAAAUAUUAAGCAACACAGCCUUGAGUGCGCUCUCGGAUGGGACACCUGAUAGUCUGUCCACACAUGAUGAAUCGGACCAUGGACCCCUGGAAUCCAAAAGCUUCUGAGCGAGGCGUUGAAUCACGAUGACGUUCAGCUGAUGUUGGUUUCGCCCUUGUGAGAUCGACUCUCACCCACACACCUUGCAACUGCAGUUCUGCAAAAGCCGCUUUAGUGACUCUGGUGCGAUGUGCCAUGUCGCAGCACAGAUCCGCAUUGGGGAGGUGGUGUUUGGAAUGCAUCGUCGCUGGCAAAAGAUUCUGUCAAGGGGAUACCAACCAUGUUGCUUUCCUGGGGGCCAUCGAUGAGUUCAAUGCGUGGAAAUUCAUGGCACUCGUCAACAGCUAGUAGGUGUGCGCUUGUGCCACCAUAUUUGCAUUUAUCACGCUUGCUCGUUGAAGCGAGCAAGGACAGCCACUCACCCUUUGAAAUUGCAUAGGGUUUGUGAUGCCACUGGAUGACGUCA